GACUCCAACAGCAUUUCAGCGCCAGGGUAAGUCACUCACCAACCUCUUUUCUGUUUCCUCUCCCUAGAGCUCAUAUGAUUAAACUUGUAAUCUCAAUCAAUCUGUCAAUCCACUGACACUCUGUGACGAUAUCUCUUUCAUUAACAUAAUAUGAUUCUUUUGCUCCCGCAUCAUUUCCCUCCCAUUCUUGAAUACCAGGUUCACAUCAGCAAUUGCUAACAUUCGCGAUUUGCAGGGACAAAGCCGUAUCAAGAAUUAUUGGGGCAGGUUGCAAAGCAGGAAAACAAAAUGGCGACGUCAAAUGCUACAAAGGUCCCUGUGGUGCGCAUCUCCAAGAUCGCAGACCGCUAUCUCGUCUUCGACGCUCAUGACGUGGCCGUAAUCAGGCGCGAUCACAAUAUCUGCUCCGUGUUGGUGGGAACCACACCCCAGAAUCCAACACAAAAUGUGUUCUUGAGUCUGCCGCUUGAGCUACUUCCGGAGGAGGCCAGCGUGCUCGUCGAGAAGAAGGUAGGCCGUCUCGUCGACGAGACUUCACACCACUUGUUGUCGCUUCGCUCCUCGGACAAAGCUACCCGUCAGGGAUACAUUGCACUUCUAAAGGACCGCCGUCACAAGGCUCAGAAGCUAUUGGCCGAGGAUCAUGUCAAGAAGGCAGCGACCGAACAGACGCGGAGGGCGAAGGGCGCCAUGGCAUCUCCUGCCGCCCCAGAAGCUGAUGGCCUGUUCGGUUUGUUUUCCCCAGGAACGCCCGCGCACGACAGUCGUGGUAAAUCUCGCGAUCCUGCCGAUGUCAAUUUGUCCUUGACGGUCACGCCAACAACAAGCUGCGGGUUGCAAACACCGGGGCGCGGUGCGCGUGACGCCGUGCGUCUGCCUGCUGCCGGCGCUCUGCAUCGACACUUGCAAUCAAAGGGAUACUUUAUGACGCCUGGUUUGCGGUUCGGCGCCGACUAUAGUGUCUAUCCUGGUGACCCACUAAGAUACCAUGCUCACUUCCUCGCCACAAACUACGCCUGGGACGAAAAAAUACCCAUGCUUGAUGUUGUUGGCAGCGGUCGCUUGGGCACAUCGGUCAAGAAGGGUUUCUUAUUUGGCGGCGAGGUUCCAUCCAUGGAUGAAUCGGCGAAACGGGUGCGCGCGUUUUGUGUUGAAUGGGCUGGGAUGUAGAGUAGAUUUUGGACCCAGGAUGACCAUCAACAACAGGUGCCGCCGCAUGAUGUUUUGCCUAGAAUUUCUGUACAAUAAAUGCCUCGCCAAUUAAAAUACCCCCGACUCUAGUGAAACGACAACGUGCCAGAAAGCCAAAAACGCCUACAAAACUCUUCGUGGGUUGAGUACCGCAGCCCUGGUUUAAAAAUCUCCCCGGUAGCCUUCAUGGCCGUCUCAUCAUCCACCCCUC